AUGUCAACUCAGCGUUUGGGUGACGAACCAUUCGCUUCAGACGAAGACCUAUUCUUUCAUAAACUUUUUGCUGAAGACGAGUUAUCUCAAAGAAAAGCAUCAAAAACUACGUCUAUGUAUGUUAAUUCGAUUUACUCAUUCUUUGUUUGUAAAAAGAAAGGAAAAUUUGUGGGCUUAUGGACGUUCAUGCAAUUAUAUUUAUAUCAGUGGCGGAAAUCUUGGCUAAAAGAGGGCUAAAAACAGUCUUUUCGAGUGCAAAUGGGGGGGGGGGUGUGUAUGUCGGAAAUUUGAAAGUUUUGUCGGAAAUUUAGGAGGCGUUGCCCCCCACCUUACUAAGUAUAGCAGUGAGACCAGUGGUUUGUUUUGGUUUUGGUGAGAUAGUCUAGGCCGUCUCAAAAGUCUCAUGUAACACAGAGUAAAAUUGGUUUCGGCAAAGCAAGCUAAUUAGUUUGCAUGGGUACUUGGUCUGGCUUGUCUCUAUAUAAACAGCCCUAAGUAUUCAACCCUUCACCACAGAAUAAAGACACACAGAAGGUCGACUCAGAGCAUAAUCGCUGCCACGCCAUGAUUUGUUAUCAAAAUGAUAAUGCUAUGGUCCUAAGCCAGUCCACUUAAGAGAAGCAUUUACCCCCCUCUGGACAUUUUCACAAUUUUUAAUAUUAUCAGGGGAGAAAAGGCUCUGAGACCAUAUUUAAAGCACAUUCAUGGUUAGGACUAAUGGCAUUAGCAUUUUCAUGACGAAUUACAGUUAUGCCAACAUUAUAGGAAAAACCAAGAAGUCGAUCUUAUGUUUGUCUCCUAUUCUGUGGCUUCACUCUGCAUGAGAUUAGAACCCAUGAAAGAGGAAUACUUGAAAAAGCUUCACUCAGGGUACCCGGGCUGCAUUCCCGCUUGCCCCAUACAAACAGUCCCUUGCAUCCCGAAAAAUUCUCAUGAACAUAUUGCAUAUUAUAGCUUCCUACAUGUAAUUCCUAUUUCCUAAUCACUUAAUCAGUUUAUUCAGUCACAAAGCACUUAGUUUGCAUGCAGCCUGACUUUUUGAGAGGAUUAAAGUCAGAUUUCCCCCUUGAAAAGUCAGGCUGUAUGCAGGCUACAAAGCUAGCAGUCAUUUUGGUUUCAGGAAGUAAUUUUGAUCUGUAGUUAAUUACGUUUUUAGAAAUGUAACGAAAAACUUAAUUAAUUACAAAAGCAAGGAACGUGUUCCUUUUCCAAGGAGCAAAUUGAAAAUUCCUUUUCUUAUUUUGUAAAAAUAAGAAAUAAAAAAUACAACGUUACGAAAAAUGGCGGAACUAAUUUUCAACGAGAUAUCACAUGACAUGAUAGCCGACAUGAUUAAAUAGUACUAUUUUUUGCGAAAUUUGUUCCGAGGCUCAGAGCGCCAAAUAUUGGCAAAUAAAGUUUUAAGUUUACAUGCUUCGAUUUCCAUGUCAAAUAUUUUAAUAUAUUGGAACAUCAUCUUGAAAAAUUCUUGCAAAUUUCAUAGAUUAUACCGUUUUUAUUUACAACUACUGUUUAAGAUAUUGUCUUAUAAUAUAUAUAUAUAUAUAUAUAUAUAUAUAUAUAUAUAUAUAUAUAUAUAUAUAUAGUAACAAUUUGCCGGUAAAGGAAUUUGUAAUGAAUUCCUUUUUUCCCGAGUAAUUUUUUCAUUGUACUUAACUACAUUUUAGAACAAGUAAUUGUAAUCAGGAAUUUAUUACAUUUUCAAGCAAGUAAUUGGAAUUGGAAUUAAUUCCUUUUUCAGCGGUAAUUUUGCAGCCAUGUUGGUUUCCAUAUAUCCAUGCAUGCAUGCAUGCAUGACAUUAGAUUAGAUUAUGGCUGCCAAAAAUGAAUUAAUGCUAAAUUAAAACGGGCUAGUUUUAGCCAGAAUGUUUAGUUUUUUUAAAGUCAUGUUAGAUGUUUGCACUUUUUAAAUUCAUUUGUGUGUAAACAUGGUAUAAACAUGGUUUUGACACCACAUUCUUCGAACAAAAUGCUGACAUCAGCAAUAUUUUUGGUCAACAAUGCUAUAGCAGAUUAGCAGAAUAUUCAAAGCAAUGAAAGCAUAUAAGACAGCCAGCUUUUAGGUUGAUUUUUAGCAUGAUGUGACUUCAUCAUGACAUCACGUGCAGUCGUGCAACCAAAAAUUGUAAAAGUUCUCCAUUUUGUACACCGGUCCUUUAUUGAGAUCCGAUAAAUCCAUUUCUAUUUUCAGGUUUACACCACCGUUUAAACAUCACGUUCCCCCGCCACCAAGUUUCUCCCAACUUUUCUCACAAUCAACCCAAAAUAAAAUGUACAGCAGCCAGAGUAAAACUGUCGCCAAGGUCCAACCACAUACAACUACACAUAAUCCCACAGCAUCAUGGCAAACAUUUUCUGGUCAUUCCACAUCUGUAACAAAAGAAUCUGAAGUUCCCAUGGGGUUUGAUGAAAUUGAUGAUCAUGAUCUUGAUAAUACUUGCUUCUCUCAACAUCCAAGUUACCAUCACGAAGGUAUGCUCUGA